AUGGCCUCCUCCUUAUCAGCUAUUCCUCAUGCUAUCAUCAUGGCAGCAGAAUUUAUUACAGGGAUUACAGUAAAUGGAUUUCUGAUCGUCAUCGGCUGUAAAGAAUUGAUCAAAAGCAGAGAGCUAGCGCCAAUGCAACUCACUUUAAUAUGUAUUGGGAUGUCUAGAUUUGGUCUACUUAUGGUGUUAAUGGUACAAAGUUUUUUCUCUGUGUUCUUUCCACUCCUUUAUGAGGAAACAAUUUAUGGUGCAGAGAUAAUGUUCCUCUGGAUGUUUUUUAGCUCUGUCAGUCUCUGGUUUGCCACCUGCCUUUCUGUAUUUUACUGCUUCAAGUUAAUAGGCUUCACCCAGCCCUGUUUUCUUUGGCUGAAAUUCAGGCUCGCAAAGUUAAUGCCUUGGCUGCUCCUGGGGAGCCUGCUGGCCUCGCUGAGCAUGGCAGCUCUGUGUAUCGAGGUAGACUACCCUAAAAACUUGGAGGUUGGUGUCCCCGGGAAUGCCACACUCAGGACGUCUAAAGUCAAGAUAAAGCAAAUCAAUGACGUGCUUCUUGUGAACUUGUCACUGCUAUUUCCUCUAGGCGUGUUUGUGAUGUGCACUUUUAUGCUGCUUGUGUCUCUCUACAAGCACACUCAUCGGAUGCAAAACGGACCUCAUGCUGCCAGAAGCGCCAGCACGGAAGUCCACAUAAACGCCUUAAGAACAGUGCUAACAUUCUUUCUCUUCUUUAUUUCUUAUUUCGCUGCCUUCAUGGCAAAUAUGACAUUCGUAGCUCCCCACGGAACUCAGUUCUACUUUGUGCUGAAGGACAUAAUGGCAGCCUAUCCCUCCGGCCAUUCCGUUAUAAUAAUCUUCAGUAAUUCGAAAUUCCAGCAGCCAUUCAGGAGACUUCUCUGCCUCAAAAAGAACCGAUGA